AUGACUGAAGCGGAAGCCAGUGCGCCCAACAUGCUCCAGGACCCCGUCACGGGCGAAAUGGUGAGCAAGAGCGAGUUGAAGCGCCGUCAAAAGCAGCGUCAGAAAGAUGCUGAAAAAGCUGAAAAAGCAAAGAAUGCGCCGCAGCCCCCCCAGAAGGCGAGCGAUGCUGCGGCGGAGGAGACGCUGACGCCGAACCAGUACUACGAGAUGCGCAGCCGCGCGAUUCAGAAGCUGCGCGAGACACGCAACCCCGAACCGUAUCCCCACAAAUUCAACGUGACGAUGGGCAUUACCGACUUUAUCGCGCGCUACCAGGACAAGCUCGAGCCUGGCGCACAGCUGGAGGACGUAGUGAGCCUCGCCGGCCGCCUGCACAACAUGCGCGCGUCUGGCCAAAAGCUGCGUUUCUACGACUUGCACGGCGAAGGCACACGUGUACAGAUCAUGGCCCAGAUGCAGGACCACCAGGAUGGCGACUUUAUAGAGGCGCACGACAUUCUGCGCCGCGGCGAUGUUGUGGGCGUCACCGGCGUGCCGUCCAAGACGAAAAAAGGCGAGCUGUCCAUCUCCCCACGCUCCAUCAAGCUCCUCUCGCCGAGCCUGAAAAUGCUGCCGAAAGCAGCGGUCAAUGACCGCGGCGGCUUUACCGAUCAGGAGCAGCGCUACCGCAAGCGCUACUUGGAUCUGAUCAUGAACCCGCACGUGCGCAACAUCUUUGUUGCGCGCGCUCGCACGAUUCAGUACGUGCGUCGCUUUCUGGAUAAUCUCGGCUUCCUCGAGGUCGAGACGCCGAUGAUGAACCAAAUCGCUGGCGGCGCGACGGCAAAGCCGUUUGUGACGCACCACAACGACCUGAAGAUGGACUUGUUCAUGCGCAUUGCGCCGGAGCUCUACCUAAAAGAGCUCAUUGUGGGCGGCUUGGACCGUGUUUACGAGGUCGGCCGUGUAUUCCGCAACGAGUCGAUUGACCAGACACACAACCCCGAGUUCACUACGUGUGAGUUCUAUAUGGCGUAUGCGGACAUGUACGACCUGAUGGAUAUCACCGAAAGCAUGGUCUCUGGUCUUGUCAAGGCCGUCACGGGCGGCACCAAAAUCACGUACCACCCUGACGGUAAGGAAGAGGCUGGCGCGCGCUCCUACGAGAUUGACUUCUCCACACCAUGGAAGCGGUUUGACAUGAUUAAGGAGCUCGAGAAGCAGCUCCAGGUCGAUUUUCCCCCUGCCGAUCAGCUGCACACGGAAGAGACGCGCAAGUGGCUGAGCGACUUGUGCGAGAAACACAAGGUGGAUUGCAGCGAGCCGCGCUCCUGCUCGCGCCUGAUCGACAAGCUCGUCGGUGAGUUUAUUGAGAACCAGUGCAUCAACCCCUCUUUCAUUGUCGGCCAUCCGCAGCUCAUGUCGCCGCUCGCGAAGCGCGAUCGAAACACACCAGGGCUGUGCGAGCGAUUCGAAGCGUUUGUGGCCACAAAAGAGAUUGCGAACGCGUACACAGAGUUGAACGACCCCUGGAUCCAGCGCGAAAACUUUGAAGAACAGGCACGCCAGAAGGAGGCGGGUGACGACGAGGCACAGGGCGUAGACCAUGUGUUUUUGGACGCACUCGAGUACGGACUGCCGCCGACAGGUGGCUGGGGCUUGGGUAUCGACCGACUGGUCAUGUUCCUCACGGACUCGUACACGAUCAAGGAGGUGCUUGCGUUCCCGAUGAAUCGCCCCGACGCUUCGUAG